CCCUUCGUACUCCAUCGCGACUUGCGAGUAAGGUAAACAAGAAACCCUAAUUUCGCUUUCUGGCUUUCCAUCCCCUUCGCUGAAGGCAGUAAUGCAUCGAAUCUCUAGCUCUAUCCUCCAGAGAUCCAUUACCCUCAGCCUUUUUCAGCGUUCAUCGACACACUCACCUCAAUUUCUACCCAAAUUUCUUCCCUCCAUCUCCAACACUUGUUCCUCUCUCACAAAGCCCUUUUCGCCCUACCAAAUCUCUAGCCUCUGCUCUCUCACGAUCAACCCUAGAGUGCCGAAUCCUCAUCUUCUCCGCGGCUUCUGCAGCAACCCGCCGAUCGAUUAUGGCAAAGAAGUAGACGAAAUAAACCUCAAGUUCGCAGAAGCUCGGGAGGAGAUCGACGCGGCGUUGGAGUCAAAGGAAACGGUAUACUUCGACGAGGAGGCCGAGUGUGCUCGCGAGGCUGUCAAGUCCGUGUUCGACAUGUUCGAGGGCUUGCUUGCUAGGUUGCCGGAGAGUGGUAGAUCGGCCCUGCAACGGUCCAUGGGGCUUAAGAUGGAGCAGCUUAAGGCUGAGCUCAAGCAGCUUGAUGAUUGAUUGAUUAAGGUUUGCAUUCUUGUUCUUGUAAGUUUCAGAGGAUCAUGGCGGUUCAAGAGGAUUCUAGCAGGCUGCUAUGUUACUGAUUCAUGGCUUCCUG